AUGGCCGAAUUCAAACCAUACACAUACUUCCAAUGUCCCUGUACCGACACGUCGUUCUCAACACGGAGGAGGAUCGGUGACAGCGGUCCCAGCAGCGAGGAGGAAACCGACGAGGACGAGCGGACGUUCGACCCGCGAGCCCCGCGCGCGAAUUACAGCUUAUAUCCGCUCGAGCACCUGUUGUAUUGCGAGGACUGUCACCAGAUCCGCUGUCCCAGAUGUGUGCUCGAUGAGAUCGUGUGCUGGUAUUGUCCGAAUUGUCUGUUUGAGGUGCCGAGCAGCAGUGUGAAGAGCGAGGGGAAUAGAUGCACCCGCAGUUGUUUCCAAUGCCCGAUAUGUACGGCGCCGCUGUCUAUCAGCAGUACGGAGUCGCCGCCUGAAGGACUGGGAGCUGAAUAUGUCGCGCAAUCCGGACCGUACGUGCUGAACUGCGCAUACUGUCUUUGGAGCUCCAAGGAAAUCGGGAUCCAGCUGGAGAAGCCGAACAGCAUCUACGCGCAACUUGCAAAGAUUAAGAAUGGGGGGGAACCAUACAUCUCGCCCAAAGAACGACGAAGGAUACGGGAGGAACGCAAGGGAGAUGGCGAGGAGAGUCAGGGGAGCGAGAUGACGCUGGAUCCUAACGAGAAGCUGGACGCCGAGAGCCAGUUCGCGAAUCUGAAAGCUUUCUACCAAGAGCAGCUCGCGGAAUCCUCGCCCGCCAGCGCCCUGGGGUUCACAGGAGACUACGGCUACGGAUCACCCGGGGCACUAUCACGAAUCAUGGGUCUCUACACGGGGAGCAGUUUCGGGGACAAGAAAUCCAAGAGCCGCAGCUCCAUGAUGCGCGAAGCCCAGUCGGCUCUCGAAGGGCUCCAGAUCUCCUCCCCGAGCGCCUCCGAAGAGUCCAUCGCGCGGCUCCGCGCCUCGGGCUGGGAAGGCACCUGCUCCACGGCGCAGCGGCUUGCGCAAGCCCACAACCCGCGGUUCGUCAGCGACCUCCGACCCAUCGCGCACCUGCUCCGCACCAAGCGCUCCAAGCGGUGCAAGACGUGCCGCCACAUCCUCUCCAAGCCCGAGUCCAAGGUGCAGAACACGCGGUUCCGGAUCCGGCUCGUGGCGCCCAACUACGUGCCUCGCAUCGCGAUCCGGCCCUUGCAGCCGGGCCCCGCGGCGCCGCAGGCGCUGCUGCUGACGCCGCUGCGCCCUACGCAGUUCGUGCUCACGUUCAGCAAUCCGCUGUUCGACGACGUCCGGGUCAGCAUCGCGACGCCGGCCAAGACGCCCGGGCGCUUCGGCAGCCGCGUCACGAUCUUGUGUCCGCAGUUCGAGGUCGGCGCUAAUACGGACGUGUGGGAUGAGGCGUUAAGGGAGGGCGGGGCUGGUGCGGGCAAGGGCGGCGAGCGCGAGAAGAGACGGACGAAGGCGGAGGCGAGUGAGGGCCAGCAGCAGGCGGAGGCCGGGAAGGUGUGGGAGAGGGGGCGCAAUUGGGUUAGUGUGGUGGUGGAGGUGGUGCCUGCGGUGCUGAAGGUUGGGGAAGAAGAAAAAAAAGAUGAAAAAGAAGAAGAAGAAGAACAAGAGGAAGAAGAAGGAGGAGGAUCAAGGUACGCGGGCCCGCUGAGGGAAGACGAGGAUAUCCUUGAGAUUCCGGUGUUUGUGAGAGUCGAGUGGGAAGCGGAUGUAGCGCAGGAUGAAGGGGCUGGACUAGCGGCUGCUAAUAAUAAGGAUAAUAAGGAAGAGAAGGAGAAGAGGGAAUUGGCGUAUUGGUGUGUGCUGGGAGUUGGGAGGAUAGCUCGGGAUUAGCAAAGCAAAGCAUAGCAUGAGCGUUGUGCGAAAAUAUACCCAUUUGACAUGUUGCAAGUAAGCAAGC